AUGUACGCCAAGGCCAAGGCCGCCGCCGCCAACGCGGCCGCGAAAGCCGCGAAGGCGUACGCGGAAGGGAAAUCACAGCUCGCGGCGUCGACGUCUCAGACCAUCGGGUCGCGGACCCCCGACCCGGGCGCCGGGGGAAGAAACAAUUCCUCGUUGGAUCCCUUCGCCGAUCUCGGGAUGGCGCCCCCGUCGUACGAUGCCGCGACGGGCGCUCAGGGCGGUGGCGGUGACGCGCCGGCGCCGACAGUGAAUCUCGACGACCUCCUCUCCGGCGCGGGCGCGCCGGCUGUGAACAACGACGGGGGCAUGACCACCAUUCCCCUCGGCACCGACGACGACGGGUCGGCAUCCAGGAGCCCGCGCGUGUCCGCCGGGUCGGCGCAACAGCAGCAACAACAGCAGCAGCAGCAGCAGCAGCAGCAGCAGCAGCAGCCGUCGAGCCCGACCAAGCAGACGAGCGGCGCCAAGUGCCAGACGUGCGGCAAAGGGUUCAGCGCGUUCUCCGCCGGGGUCAACGUCCGGCGCCAGUGCGUCGCGUGUAAGGGGACCUUCUGCAGGGAACACGUGGAGUACCAGUGCGAGGGUUGCCGCGAGGGGCCCGGGGGCGAGGAGCUGAGGCGCGAGACCGCCGCGCUCGCCGCGAAGCUCGCCAGCGUCACCGAGGAGAAGGCGAUGCUCGAGCAGUGGCGGCAGAGCGCGAACGAGACCCAGCGCGCCAUGGUCGAGGAGGCUGACGGCGCGAGGCGAGCGGCGGAGGAUGCGCGACGCCGACUCGCCGACGCGGAAUCCCGCGCCACCGCCGCCGAGGAACGAGCAGCGGCGAUGGAGGAGGCCGCCGCGGUAGCGGAAGCCAAGGCGGACUCCCUCGUGGAUCAGACGCACGUCACCCUGGACGGCUCGAUGAUGAUCGACGCCGGGGUGGCGAAGGAAAGGGAGGAGGUCGCCGUCGCGAAAUCCGAAGAGGAGGUCGCCAUCGCGAGGUCCGAAGCCGAAGCCGCCAAAGCCGCGAUGAACGCCGCCGAGGCUCGCGCAGCCGCGGCGGAGGAAGCCGCCGCGGCGGCGUCCGCGAGGGCGGAGGAGGCUUCCGCGAGGGCGGACGAUGCCGACGCCAGGCGCGCCGAAGUCGAGGAGGAGUGCGCCAAGAUGCGCGCGUUGCAGAAGCAGCGGGAGGAGGCCAUCGCGCGGCGGAACGAAGCGACCGACGCGGAGCUCGCGGCGAGCGAGAAGAGGGCGGAGGCCCUGGAGCGCGCAUUCGAGACGGAGAAGGCGGCGCGUCUCGCCGCGGAGACGGCCGCGGAGGAGGUAAAAGCGGGGGACGUCUCCGCCGCCGCUGACGAGGCGGCUCGACUCGGCGAGUCGGUGGCGGACCUCGAGCUGCGACUGGCGCAGGCGCGUGACGCGGCCGACGACGCGGUCGCGCGCGAGACGGACCUCACGUCGAAGGUCGAGGCGCUCACCGCCGCGCUCACCUCCGCGCAGGAGCAGGCGGCGGCGGCGGCGGGCGUCGGCGAUGCCGCCUCCAUCGCGUGUGAGGAUUUACAGUCGAGGAUCGCCUCGCUCGAGGCUGAGCUCGCUGCUAAGGCGGAUGAGGCGGAAUCGGCCGUACGCGCCGCCGGCACGGCUCGCGCGGAGGCGGAGUCGGCUCGCGCGGAUGCCCAGGCGUCCGGGGGUGAACUCGCCGGGAAGAUUGGCGAGCUCGAAGGGCGGCUCAGGCAAUCGGAGGAGGCUGCCGCUAUAACCGCCAAGCGCCUCGAGAAUUCGAAUUCCGCCGCGAAGGAGCUGUCCGGCAAGAUUGACUCGCUCACCGCCGAGCUCACCGGGGCGGAGGAAAAGGCUGCCGCGGCUCAGGCGGAGGCUGAGUCUUUGAAGGCUGCGGCUUCAUCCGGCGCGGGUGAACUGGAGUCCAAGAUCGCCGCGCUGGAAUCGCAGCUCGCGGCGAAGGCCGAGGAACUUGAAGGCGUGAAGAGCUCGGGCGAGCAGUACACGACGGAGCUGACUGCUCGCGUGGAAGCCGCCGAGGCUGCCGCGGCUACGGCCAAGGCCGAUGCCGACUCCGCCGCGUCGUCGGCAUCCUCCGCCGCCGCCGAGCUCGAGGCGAAGGUGGCCAAACUCCAGGCUGAGAACAAGGAGCUGGACGGCGCGGUUGAGGCUGCCCGCGAGGCCCUCUCGUCACUCCAGGCACACGUCCGGGAGAACUCCGAAAAAGCCGUCGCCAUGCUGGAGAAAGAGCAGGAAAGGGUGGUCGAACACUUAAAGUCGACGUUGGAGGCGAAGGUGAAGGCUGCCGAGGAGAAGUCGGUCGCCGCGGAGCGAAAGGCGGCGGCUGCGGCGGCUGAGGCGGCUUCGGCGCUCGGAGACGCCGACGCGGCCAGAUCCGCCGCUUCAUCAGCCACGGCCGAGCUCGAGUCGCGGGUGUCCGCGCUGCAGCGGGAGCUGGCGGCGGCGGAUGACAAGAUUUCCGCCGCCGCCGCCGAGGUGGCGGCGGCGAUGGCGGAGGCUGACGCCGCCAAAUCGACGGCUUCGUCGGCGGCUGGCGAGUCGGAGUCGAAGCUCGCGGCGCUGGAGGCUUCCCUCGCGGCUGCGGAAGCGGCGGCGGCGGCGAAGGCUGAGGAGCUCGAGGUCAUCAAGACAACCGGCAAGCAGUACACGGACGACCUCUCGGGUAGGUUGCAGGCGGCGGAGGCUGCCGCGGCGGCGGCCCAGGCGGAGGCUGAGUCUUUGAAGGCUGCGGCUUCAUCCAGCGCGGGUGAACUGGAGUCAAAGAUUUCCACGCUGGAAUCACAGCUCGCGGCGAAGGGUGAGGAGGUGGAGGCGGCGAAGACCGCGGGUCAGCAGAGCACGGAUGCGCUGACUGCCCGUGCGGAGGCGGCGGAGGCUGCCGCGGCGGCGGCCCAGGCGGAGGCUGAGUCUUUGAAGGCUGCGGCUUCAUCCAGUGCGGGUGAACUGGAGUCCAAGAUCGUGGCUCUCGAAGCUUCACACGCGCAGACCACCGGCGCCCUCAAGGCGGAAAUCGAGGCUGCGGAGGAGCGCAUCGCCGCGUCGGAGAACUCCCGCGCGGCGGACGCGAACGACGCGCGGUCCAGGAUCGCGGCGGCGGAGUCGGCCCUCGAGGAACUCCGCGGAGCCGAGGCCGCCGCCGCCGCCGCCGCGUCGAGAGCGGAGGGCGAACUCGCCGAGCUUCGCGUCGAGAUGGAGAGGAAGGAGGUCGACGCGGCCGCCGCGAGGGAGUCCGCGGCGGCGGCCACGAGCGCCGCGGAGACACGCGCGGGUGAGCUCGAACGCGCUCUGGGCGAGGCUGAAGCUGAGGCUGCCGCUUUGAGAGCCGCCGCGGAGGCGUCCACGUCGACGGAGAAGAGGGAGGAGAGCGAGCAGAGCCAGCAGCUCAAGCGCCUGAAGGACUCGCUCGAGGCUGCGAAGGAGAUCAUACUGUCGAAGGAAGGGGAGCUGGCGGCCAUCGAGCAGAUCAGGCAGGAGAGGGACGUGCUCGCGGAGAUGGUGCGGACGCUGCAGGAGAGGGAGGCGAGCCGCCCGGAUCCAAAGCAGGAGAUCAGGGACGGGCUGAAGCGCGCCGGGGAAAAGUUCAAGGGCCUGUUCGCUAAGCCGCCAAACUGA